GCUGGCUGGAACAUGAACAGACAUGGAAACGGCUCUCAAUUAUUGCUCCAGUGCCCAUAUGUGGAUCCACUGUGCUCUGACAGGCAUCCCAUCAUCGUCCCAGCUGUAUCACUGUCCAUCUGUCACCAGACUCAUGCUCUGACUGGAGAAAAUGGAGUAAUUGUGCAGCUGAGAGCAGCUAGGAGCCUGUAAGCAGUUUAAGAGCCGAUUUCAUCUCGGUGGGGAAUGUCUGCCUAUCUCUGGCCUGUCACUUAGAUACCACCGGAACGAUGGUUAGAGAAGGGAGGAGAGACCAUGGUACGGGAACAAUAGGUCAUAUCUGAGCAGGACACUCUUACCUUCAGAAUGAGAGCCAAGCAUUUCCAGUUCAACUACAGCUGAAACAUCACGACACAAAUGAUGCAUCCUCCGGCUGUAUACUAUUAUGAUGCGGCAUUUUCCAGCCAUAUAGUAUAAUGAUAAUUGAUUUCAGUGGAACAUGCGGAAGAGUGUCAGGGAACCUUCGAAACCCUGCUACAAAAUCCCACUGAUUUCAUACGAAGAGAAGACUUCUCUGACAGUUGACGUCAGGCUGCAUACAAAUGCCGCUUCGUUCUGCAUUUCUGCCUGAGGUACCAUCGCUAAUGGCUGCGAGGCUGUUCGAGAUCUACUGCUCCAAGUGCAUGUAAAUGCAUCACAAUGCCUUCAAAAGUGUCAUGCCUCUACGUGUUGACGGUCGUUUGCUGGGCCAGCGCUCUGUGGUACCUAAGUAUAUCCCGUCCCACGUCGUCCUAUGUGAGCCAACUGUCUGUCCCGGCGCGUAAAACAGCGAAAGCGCAGAAGAGCAACGCCACCACAACCUUCGGCAACAUCAGGACGCGUCCGCUGAACCCCCACGCCUUCGAUUUCAUCAUCAACGAGCCCAAGAAAUGCGAAACCAACGUGCCCUUCCUCGUCAUCCUCAUCACGACCACACACAAAGAGUUCAAUGCCCGCCAAGCCAUCAGGGAAACGUGGGGCGACGAAAGCACCUUCAGCGACCUUCGCAUCAUUACGCUCUUUCUUCUGGGACGCAGCACGGACGCAGUGCUCAACCAGAUGGUGGAGCAAGAGAGCGAGAUCUUUCACGACAUCGUGGUCGAGGACUUCAUCGACUCGUACCACAAUCUCACUCUCAAAACGCUGAUGGGAAUGCGCUGGGUGGCCACUUUCUGCAACCAAGCCAAGUACGUGAUGAAAACGGACAGCGAUAUCUUCGUGAACAUGGACAACUUGGUGUAUAAACUCUUGAAGCCGGCCACCAAACCUCGACGGAGGUACUUCACGGGAUACGUCAUCAACGGCGGACCCAUUCGGGACAUGCGCAGCAAGUGGUACAUGCCCAGAGACCUUUACCCCGAGAGCAAGUACCCACCGUUUUGCUCCGGCACUGGGUACGUGUUCUCGGCGGAUGUUGCGGAGCUCAUCUACAAGACGUCCUUGCACACCAGACUCUUGCAUCUGGAGGACGUUUAUGUCGGGGUGUGUUUGAGGAAGCUGGCCAUUCACCCGUAUCAGAACAGUGGCUUCAAUCACUGGAAAAUGGCUUACAGUCUUUGCAGGUACCGUCGAGUCAUUACCGUACACCAGAUCUCCCCUGAGGAGAUGCAUCGUAUCUGGAACGAUAUGACCAGCAAGAAGCAUCUCAAGUGUUAGUGGGAACCGCCUGAGGAUGUGUAUUUGUGCCCUUUUAUAAAUCCCCACGAUGCACAGAUGCAACACAGAGCCUUGGGGCAAACUGUAGUUCUUUCUUAGAAACACUAACAUCCUUCUGGGGCUUGUCAACGAUUUCGAAACACACCGAGCCCAUCGUUUGAGAACCAGUUGGGGAUUGUGCAAUUUAUGUUAAUAUUAUAACUGUGCCAGUGUGUCUAAAACUAGUAAAACUAGUUUCUUUUGGUUCGGAUGCACAGUGUAAAGUCCUUGAUCAUUCAGUUUUCUUUGCACAUUAUUCUGGUUGUACAAACGAAAGUACCAUUGCUUUGUUUACUGUAUGUGGAAGCGCCUGCAUUGUUUGUUUACACUUUCAGAAACUUCUUUUCUUGAAAAAGAUAACAGUGAUGUAUAGCUCCUUAUUUAUAAGUAUAAAAAAUUAUUUUCUUACUCCUAGAAGUUGAACAUCAUUGCUUCAGAACAGCUAAUGUUUGUAGUUAUACUGUAAAUCUGUAUAUCUAAAUUCAUUAACGCUUGGUAGCAAGUGUCAUUUAGUGAGUAUUUACUGUUCAUGGUAAACCUGUAGAAAUGCUGCUUAAGGAACGCAGUGUAAAUGUAGAAUAUAAUGAAGGUGAGAAACAUGAAAAAAAAAGAAAAAAAAAACUUGAAAGUGAUUUAUUUUCCUUCUAUGGAAUUUGAUUUCAUUGAGGCCAAAAUGUGAUUUACAUGUGUUUAAUUUUUUUCUUUUUAAGUUGUCUGGAGUAAUUGAGGGGACACGUGGCAUUUAACUGUGAACAAAAAUGUUAUUCCCCAAGGGUACUAUUCUAUUAUACUGUGUAUUUUUACAUAAAAAUAUAUAACAGUGUUUUUUUUUUUUGGAAGCGUUGAUCUUUUUAGUUUUAUGUUUUGCUCAUUUAUAUUCAAGAUUCUAAAGGGAUAAUAAAAUAAUUUACUCAAGGUCAUCUCAAGUCAAAGAGUUAAAGAAAUUAAUAAUCGUAUUCAGCCGGCCCACAAUAAAUGAAUGAAAGCAACAACAUUUAUAAUGUUAC